AGGGGAUGCCAAGUAACAACAGCAUAUGGAGAUGGAGGUCGAGGUGAUUCACUCAUGGUCUGCUCCAAGAUCUCUUAGCACCUCUCUUAUGUAUUCAUUUUCUCAGCGAGAUGAUAUAGAAGUGCUUGAUGAACCUCUUUAUGCUAAUUUCCUUCGAGACCCUGCUUUUGAUAGACCCUACAGAGAUCAACUACUCUCUAAAAUGGAAUCUGAUGGAAACAAGGUUGUUAAUGAUAUUAUAUACGGUCCAGGAUCCAAAAAGUAUAGAUUUUGCAAGCAUAUGUCAAAACAUAAGGUGCAUAAUUUGCCUGAGGAUCUACUCAAGAAAGGGAAACAUUUCAUUUUGAUAAGAAAUCCACUUGACAUACUGCCAUCCUUUGACAAGGUUCUUCCCCCAACUUCCUUUGAGUUGGGUUUGGGGCAGCUUGUUGGUAUAUAUGAUGAACUCUGUGAUAUUGGAAAACCACCGCCUGUUAUAGAUGCCAAAGAACUUCAAAAAGAUCCCGAGGGUACUUUACGAGGUCUCUGUAAUGAUUUGGAGAUUCCUUUUCAACCUGCAAUGCUCAGUUGGGAAGCAGGUCCAAAACCAAUAGAUGGCUUGUGGGCCCCUUGGUGGUACAAAAAUGUACAUAAAUCUACUAGAUUUGAGGUACAAAGCAAGAAUCCUGAGCCACUUCCCCUUUCUCAAUAUAAUUUGUUGGCGCGAACUCUGCCUCACUACAACAUGCUCCGGAGCCAUGUAAAGAAGAAGUUAUCCAUUCUGAGCUCUCCUUCACCUCCUCCCGACCUUCCAGUUCCUGCAAAUGAGAAAUUGGUUGCUUGGGUUGGUGAUGAGAUUGUGACACGUGAGAGUGCUAAGGUUUCUGUGUUUGACUCAGUUGUCCAAGGAGGUGACUCAGUUUGGGAGGGUCUUCGAGUGUAUGAUAAAAAGAUAUUUAAACUUGAGGAGCAUCUAGAUAGGAUGUUUGAUUCAGCUAAAGCAUUGGCUUUUGAAAAUGUACCAACUCGAGAUGAGAUUAAGGAAGCUAUUUUCAGAACCCUAAUUAAGAAUGGAAUGUUUGACAAUGCACACAUCCGACUUUCUCUGACACGAGGAAAGAAGGUUACUUCUGGGAUGAGCCCCGCAUUAAAUCUGUAUGGAUGCACAUUAAUUGUGCUUGCUGAAUGGAAGCCCCCUGUUUAUGAUAAUGAGCGCGGUAUAGUUCUUGUAACUGCCACAACACGCCGUAACUCACCAAAUAAUUUGGAUUCAAAGAUUCAUCACAAUAAUCUCCUCAAUAACAUUCUAGCAAAGAUAGAAGCCAAUAAUGCAAAAGCAGACGAUGCAAUCAUGCUUGACAAAGAUGGUUAUGUAUCUGAAACCAAUGCAACAAAUAUCUUCAUGGUAAAGAAAGGCCGUGUUUUGACACCACAUGCUGAUUACUGUCUUCCUGGCAUUACUCGAGCAACUGUUAUGGAUCUUGUGGUGAAAGAGCAGUUUAUUUUAGAAGAGCGAAGAAUCAGCCUGUCAGAAGUGCAUACUGCAGACGAGGUAUGGACAACAGGAACAAUGGGAGAACUAAGCCCAGUAGUGAAGGUUGAUGGACGCACAAUUGGUAAUGGAAAAGUAGGGCCAAUAACUAGAAAAUUGCAAGUUGCUUAUAAAAAGUUGACCGAACAGUCUGGUGUACCAAUAGAGUUGGCCUGAGAUCUCUACCUUGAGACUUGAAAGUUGGAACUUGGAAGUUAGUGAAAAUGACUGAUGUGCCACUGCUAAUAAUCUCAGCGUCUUCCUUUUCUCAAUCUAGAAUAAAAUGUAUUGCUUCGUAUUGUACCUUUCGGUCCCAGAUAUUAGUGCAUGAGUUCUUAGUUUAUAAAUGCAAUUUGAAACAGCUUCCAUUUUUAUCAGUUUUUGUACUGCACUGAUGCAGAAGGAUCCCUAUCUUCCUACUAUGCCGUGUAUCUAAAUAUAGUAUUUCAUCUGUUACUAGUAUUUUUCUCACUCUA